AAAAAAAAGGAUAAAAAGAACGCCACUAUCUUGACAAAACCAAAAAGUAGUGUAGCUACUACCGUAGUAGAUAGAAGAAUUAAGCACAGCUUUCACUAUUGCAAAAGUGUCCCAAGUUUCAUCAUCAAUGGCAGAAGCUACAAAGAAGUACGCAGUUGUUACAGGGGCCAAUAAGGGGAUUGGCUUCGAAAUAUGCAGGAAGCUGGCCUCAAAUGGGAUCGUGGUGGUUCUAACUGCUAGAGAUGAGAAAAAAGGCCUUGAAGCUGUUGAAAAGCUGAGAGAGUUUGGGCUGUCUGACCACGUUGUAUUUCAUCAGCUUGAUGUGGCGGAUCCUGCUAAUAUAGCUUCCUUUGCAGAUUUCAUUAAAACCAAAUAUGGGAGGCUCGAUAUAUUGGUCAACAACGCUGGGAUCCCUGGAUCUAUAAUAGAUGGAGAUGCUUUAGCUGCUUCAGGUCUUGGUAAGGAAGGUGUCAAUGUGGAUUGGAGUAAAAUAGCGACAGACACUUAUGAGUUAGCUGAAGAGUGCCUGAAAACAAACUACUAUGGUGCCAAAGGAAUGAUUGAAGCACUUCUUCCAAUCCUCCAGUUGUCCAAUUCACCAAGGAUUGUUAAUGUUUCCGCUUCCAUGGGACACUUAGAGAAAAUACCAAAUGAAUGGGCUAAAGAAGUGUUAGGUAAUGCUGAAAGCCUAACAGAAGAAAGAGUAGAUGAGGUAUUGAAUGAAUAUCUGAAAGAUUUUAAAGAGGGUUCCUUGGAAACCAAAGGCUGGCCUAGAUAUUCGUCUUCUUAUAUGAUUUCAAAAGCAGCUAUGAAUGCCUACACAAGGAUUGUGGCCAAAAAGUACCCAUCUUUUCGAGUCAAUUGCGUCUGCCCUGGCUAUGUCAAGACAGAUAUAAACUACAACAAUGGCUAUUUGACGACUGAUGAAGGUGCUGAAAGUGUUGUAAAGUUAGCGCUCCUGCCCAACGAUGGUCCUUCUGGCCUCUUCUUUUAUCGGAAUGAAGUGACAACUUUUGAUUAAGAUUUUUCAUUUCUACCACUUCUCAAAAGAUAUAAAUACUAAUAAGUCCGUACUUUUCCUGGAAUUGUUUACUUUCUAUGUUUUGAAUCUCUAUUUGACAGGCUAUUUGAAAGCCAAUGUCUAACGUUGAUGUCAUAAAAUGUAUGCAAAGAAUAUGUUUUUUCACUUGGGGUAUGUAAUAUCAAUUAUAUGCUUUUUGUAAUGAAAAUUUUAAGAAUCUUUUGUUUGUU